AUGGCCAACGGCAAAAUUCAAAUUGUUCCAACGGGAAAAGAGACUACAAAGAAGAAACGAGCACCCAACUGGCUUCCAAUUGAGGAAGAACAGCUUGCAAUCUCAUGGGUUCACGUUAGUGAGCAGCCGGAGUUUGCCAACAACCAGACCAGAACGAUGUUCUACAGAAAAAUCAAGGAGAAUUUCAAUACGUAUAGUAAGAUUCACUAUUGGAACCAUGAACAGAUCAAGAUUAGGUGGACAUCUUUGAAUACCGCUACCCUCAAGUUUGCUGCGAUUUACAACGUGAUUGAGCGGAACCCUCCAAGUGGUUCCUCACCUGAUGACUGGAUGUCAACUGCGAUGACAGUCUAUGCCAAUCAGACAAAAGGGACAGCUUUCUCUUCUGUUUCAGCCUGGCAAAAAGUUUGUUACUGUCCAAAAUGGCGAGGCGAUUGA